AGGUGAUGACAGAUGGUAUGUGUGAGGGUGGCUUCCGUGUAUAUGGUUUACUAAGGCAACAAACAUGUUUUUGUCAAAUAUAUUUUGAAUUGUUUAUUGUAGUUAAAGUAUAUCUGAGAGUUUUAAAGUAGCUGGAAUUUUAUCAGUUUUUAUCGGACAGGGUCCAUUUUAAAGUGAUGGUCUAACAGCUAGUACAUCCUCCUGCACUCCGGAUUAAAAAAGAAAAUGAAAGAUGAAAUUGCUGCCACAGUCUUUUUCAUCACAAGGCUGGUGAAGAAGCAAGACAAACUGAGCAAGCUCAAAACUGAGAAAUUUGCAGCUAAGCUGACAACAAUACUGUUUGAAAAGUAUAAGAACCACUGGUACCUAGACAACCCAUCUAGGGGACAAGCCUUCAGGUGUAUACGGAUAAACAAACAUCAGACAAGAGAUCCUGUACUGGAACAAGCUUGUUAUGACAGUAAUGUGGAUUUUGAUAACCUUGGCUUGCCAAGAGAGAUCACCAUAUGGGUUGAUCCAUUUGACGUGUGCUGCAGGUAUGGUGAAAAGAAUCUGCCUUUCACGGUGGUUCACUUUGAAGGUUCUGAAGACGACCGAGAACUCUCUCAACGCAUCAGCCAUGCUGUUGAUAAAGCAACCUCAGAUUAUCAUUCUGGCACCUCCUCAGAUGAGGAGGGCUAUACCAAGGAAGCUAAAGCUAUCCCUACGGUCAGCAACCCAAACAGUGUCUAUCAGUUCAGUGACUACUGCAAGCUGCCCAUUCAGCCGUGGUCUCGGUAUCCUCACAAGAAGAGCUACACAACCAAUGGACUUCAUCAGGCAAGUGUUUACUAUCCCCAGCACAAGGGCUUCAAAUGCUACUGGCCAACAGCUGCUUUUUCUGGACCUCGUAUGGAUCGAUAUCACUGGGUGAAUACCAACCGAUAGAGCAGUGCCUGCACCGCUCUAACCUGGCUCUUACGGGUCAGUAAAAUACUGGACUCUGUGGUAGGAAGCUUGAUGUUUCCACAAAAACACACUUAAUUCUGCCUUCUCCUGUCUGUUUUAUUUCUCUUUCCCUAAUUUUAUGUACCUGAAAUUUAAAGAUUUUAUUAAACUUUUAAUGUAUUUUUAUAUUGCUCUGAUAAGAGACACUGAAAACUAGUAAUUCUAUUUGUAACUUGAAAAGGAAACAUGGAGAUUAAUAAAUUUAGUUGUGGUUUUU